AUGCCUCCACGAGUACCUAUCACGACUUUCGCACGAUCAAUCGCCUUCAGGACGAAGCCUCAGACACAAUGGUCUGCCCGCUCAACGAUGCGUCUGGCGCCGUCGCAAUAUCGCCUCUACUCUGAGUCGAAAGAUGGCCCAUCCGCCGACCGAUCGAACCGAGCUGAUGCUCAACCAAUUGAACAUGUCUCCCAGGAAGCAGCGAAGAUAGCGGAGAUCAAGGGCGAGGAGGGCCCUGAUCUGAGUCGAGGCACGCCCAUUGAGGAGGUCGUCAAGGGAGACAAAGCAGCGCAGGAGAACCUUCCAAAAGUGAUGCAGGAUGCGAUCAAAGCGAAAGCUUCAGGCUCGCCGCCAAAGGGCUCACGCUCAUACUCAACGAUGACGACACAGACUAGCGGAAACGGUGGAUUGGAUAUGGGUCUUGUUGACUUGGAGGCUGCGUCCAAAUUGGCAGAGACACCAGGCCUGAAAUUCGACAUGCCGACUCUUCCCCUUCCGAAAGAUGGUCAUGUAAAGCACCGGUACGAUCCGGUCGUGGAGCAGGUCACUAACUUGCUCAUGCGACACGGUAAGAAGAGUGUGGCCCAGCGAAACAUGGCGACAAUCUUGCAACAUCUACGAACAUCGCCCAUCCCAACCAUCAACCCCGCAAAGCCUCUACUUCCUGGCGCGCCUCCACCGUCUCACCUUCCUCUUAAUCCUAUUCUAUACCUCACCCUCGCCAUCGAUUCUGUUGCUCCUCUCAUGCGUAUCCGUAGCCAGAGGGGUGCGGCUGGUGGUGGUGUUGCGCUGCAAAUCCCCGUUCCUCUGGGACAGAGGCAGCGUCGGCGAGCGGCAGUUGAAUGGAUCAUGGGUGCCGCAUCAAAGAGGAGGAAUAUGGGCAGUGGAAAGAACAACUUCGGACAGCGGAUUGCACAAGAACUUGUUGCUGUAGUCGAGGGGCGAAGCGGCAUUUGGGACAGGCGCAAUGCUAUCCACAAGCUGGGUGUUGCUGCUCGAGCAAACAUUAUUCUGCCCAGGAAGAGGUAG